CCCACAAUGCACCUCUUUAUUUUGGCUGGUAUCUCCGGGAGAUGAGAUCUGGCACAACCUUGCUCAGUGCCGGGAGAGGAGAGGACACCUUUCUCAUCACGUUAUUUAACAUGCUGCAGAGGACUGAGGAGACCAAACAAAAAGGAUAACUCGGCGACUGUAUAUAGCUACAAAAAAAAAACUAAAAACACGGGUUUACCGUUUACACAGUAUGACCAUGGCUUCUGUAAGUCUGGAGAAUCAGCUGCACAGUGCCCAGAAGAACCUGCUUUUCCUCCAGCAGGAGCAUGCAAAUACACUGAAGGGUCUGCAUGCAGAGGUGCACCGCCUUCAGCAGCACUGCACAGAUUUGACAUACAAGUUGACAGUAAGAAGUUCAGAGCCAGUAGAAAGCGGUGAAUCACAAUGUAGCGAGUUGAGGAAAAAGUGUGAGGAGCUUGAAACCCAGCUUAAAGCCAAAGAAAAUGAAAGCACUGAACUGUUAAAGGAGCUUGAACAGAAAAACGCCAUGAUCUCAGUUCUGGAGAACACAAUAAAAGAAAGAGAAAAGAAGUAUUUAGAAGAGCUGAAAAUGAAAAGCCAUAAACUAAACAUGCUUUCAAGCGAACUAGAGCAACGGUCUGGCACCAUUGCUUAUCUGACGUCUCAGCUGCACUCCACCAAGAAGAAGCUGAUAGCUACGUCCAGUGGCGGCUCCGAUACCAGCCCGAACAUGAGCCCAGUCAUGUCCUCUUACAAGCCAGCUCCACCUAAGGAGAAGAUGCCAGAGACCCCAAGGCGAAGGAUGAAGAAGAGCCUUUCUCAGCCUUUAAACUCUGAGUUUACCGAGGUGUACCGGCUAGGGCCUGACGGGCGCAAAGUGGUAAUGAGAGAGACCAUGGAUGCCAUGCCAGACCCAACGCCUUUCCUGUUAGCCAGAGAAUCUGCUGAUGCACAGCUUUUGAAAGAGAGGCCUUCGGUUAUCCCACCAAUUCCUUCGGAACGCACUUCUGAACCACACCACAGUCCGGCCAAGGGUAGGCAACACAAGGCACAUAUUGGUGUGGCCCACCGAAUUCACCAUGUGACCCCUCCCCCCACCCAACCCGAAGUGGAAACACUGGCUGUGGACCAGGUGAAUGGGAGUCAAGUUGUUCGAAAGCGGUCAGGUGCUGACAGAACUGUUUAAACAAAUGAAAUAAUAAUACUAAUCUUACUCUGCUUUUCUGCAUUGCACUGCGAUAAGAGAUGUUCGUUUCUUCAUAUUCCUCUUAAAGGUUCUCCUAUUUCAUUUCCCCUGUUUAACAGUAAACAGUUGCAUGCCAAAUCUUUCAAAAGCCUAUGUGACUGACAGCCUGCCUGUCCCCAUUCCAGCUUUAUGAGGCUCAUAUGACUUCUCCCUUUUCAAAACAGCCAAAUAAACGUGUCUAUCUUAUUGCUUGCUUCAAACACAUACUCUGCAAUCAACAUACGUACAAGUGGUUUACAAAAGCAGAUACUACUCGUUGUCACACUGCAAAUAUAUUAUCAGUAAGUUAAUUAAAGUAAGUUCAUAGAAAACUUGCAGCAACAUGUUCAAACUGUUUAUUUCUAAUGUCAAUAUUUGAUGACUUCUCUUAAUGCCUGCACAUCCAGAUUGUAUAAUCAAGGUUUUCAUUACCUGACUGCUAUAAAUCUUUUAUGACAAAGCCUUUGCAUAGCAGCAGUAUGUUUCAUGUCUCUGUAUGUAAAUGGCAGGAAUGGAGAAGUAAAGAAAAAUGUACUUGUUACAUAUCGGCCAGUUAAAAUUUUUCAUUUCAUUUUUUUUUCUUUUUUUGUAAUAUCAUUUUCGACUCCCUGUAAGCAAUACAGAAAUUUAACUUA